GAGCCCACGGCGGAGGAGGCUGGAGGCAGAUCGUGAAGCGGAGGAGAAUGGGGAGCAUCACUGCCACCUGACUCGCACGGGGGGAGUUAGCGCGGCAACUGCGGCGGCAGUCUGAGCACUCCGGCUUAUCAAGGAGACUGGGGCGGACGGGGAGAGAGCUGCUGAGAUUAUGCACGGGGCAGAGAGCUCCUGUGGAUUCCCCAUCUUCGGCAGCAGCAGCAGCGAUAGCGCGGGGAGCGGGAGCCGCGGCUCUGCAGACGGCAGCGGCGCUAGCUGGAGCCGCAGCAAAGCAAAGAGCCCCGACUCCAAAGACACCUGUCUGCCCGGGGAUGAAGGUAGCAUUUACAGUCAGGGCGUAGCAGGGACCGGCCGUCCAUGUAGCCGCGCCGUUCAGCGUACCUGUAGCCAGAGCAGCCACGGCAGCCGCGCUGCGGGCGCGAAGGUGACCACGGCAGUGCGUCUGAGUGGAGUCGUAGUAGCAGCGGGGGGGGGCAGUGGCUCAGGACACUGAAUGACCAGUGUGGCUGAUGAAGGCCACCUGGAUCCGACUGCUGAAACGAGCCAAAGGAGGUCGCGUCAAGAGCUCCGAUGCCUGCGGUUCGGCCGACUCCUACACCAGCCGUCCAUCAGACUCCGAUGUGUCCCUGGAGGAAGAUAAGGAGGCAGUGCGCAGAGAGGCAGAGCGACAGGCUCAGGCUCAGCUUGACAAGGCCAAGACUAAACCAGUUGCAUUUGCUGUUCGCACAAAUGUCAACUACAGCCCGAGUCACGACGAUGACGUCCCCGUGCCAGGCAUGGCCAUCUCCUUUGAGGCGAAAGACUUCCUCCACGUUAAAGAGAAAUUCAACAAUGACUGGUGGAUAGGCCGCCUGGUUAAAGAAGGCUGUGAAAUCGGGUUCAUCCCCAGUCCGGUGAAGCUUGAAAACACUCGAAUCCUCCAGGAGCAGAGAGCCAAGCAGGGCAAGUUCCACUCCAGUAAACUUGGAGCAAACUCAUCAUCGAGCUUAGGUGAAGUUGUUCCUAACUCUCGGAAAUCUACUCCUCCUUCGUCUGCCAUUGACAUAGACGCCACAGGCUUAGACCCAGAGGACAAUGAGGUUCCGGUCAACCUGCGCUCCCCUAAAGCCAGUCCAAACACUGUCAUGUCACCCCUAGCAAAAGAGAAACGAAUGCCCUUCUUUAAGAAGACGGAACACAUUCCUCCGUACGACGUUGUGCCUUCCAUGCGGCCCGUGGUUCUGGUGGGACCGUCACUUAAGGGCUACGAGGUGACAGACAUGAUGCAAAAAGCACUGUUUGACUUUUUGAAACACCGAUUCGAGGGAAGGAUAUCCAUCACUCGAGUCACGGCAGACAUCUCUCUCGCCAAACGCUCAGUCCUCAACAAUCCCAGCAAGCACGCCAUCAUCGAGCGCUCCAACACGCGCUCAAACCUGGCUGAGGUUCAGAGUGAGAUCGAGCGGAUUUUCGAACUUGCUCGGACGCUCCAGCUGGUUGUUCUGGAUGCGGACACCAUCAACCACCCGUCGCAGCUGGGCAAGACGUCGCUCGCUCCCAUCAUCGUCUACGUCAAGAUCACCUCCCCCAAGGUGCUGCAGCGGCUCAUCAAGUCUCGAGGAAAGUCUCAGGCCAAACACCUCAACGUCCAGAUGGUGGCCGCCGACAAGCUGGCCCAGUGCCCCCCUGAGAUGUUCGACAUCAUCCUGGACGAGAACCAGCUGGAGGACGCCUGUGAGCAUAUGGCCGAUUACCUGGAGGCCUACUGGAAAAGCACCCACCCCACCAGCUGCAACCCCCCCAACCCCGUGCUAACCAAGCUGCCCGCGGCCGCCCUGCCCUCCAGCCCGGCCCCGGCCGCCGGCGUCCAGGGAAACAGUGCGGAGCAGAAAGGAGAGAAAGCGCUGGUGGAGAGGAAAGGCUCCAAAGAGGACUACCAGCACCAUCACCACCACCACCACCACCACCACCACCACCAGAGCCUGGACCAGGCCGACGCCGACGCCGACCUGGAGGGGCCGGGCAACGAGGAGGAGAGACCCCUCCGAACAGAGUCUUCCAGGAGAGCGCAGCACGUCCACCACCGGUCGUCUUCCACCAGGACUGAGCACCACAACCACCACCACCACCACCACCACCACAGCAGCCGGGCGCGGGGGCUCUCCCGGCAGGAGACGCUGGACUCCGAGACCCCCGAGAGCCGCGAGAGCAAGGACUCGGCGUACAUCGAGCCGCGCGCCCAGCUCCUCCACCAGGAGGAGGAGGAGGAGGAGGAGCAGGAGGAGGAGGAUGAAGAGGAGGACGAGGACGUAGGGGAGGGGCACCCCCAGCAGCAGCAGCGCUACGAACCACUGCCCCACCGGGACCACAACCACCACCACCACCACCACCACCACCGCAGCGGCGGCGGCGGCGGCGCGGCGGACGAGGCCGGCCACGGUCAGGGACACCACCGCUCCAAGGAGCGCGAGCAGGACCACAACGAGCGCAACAAGCAGCGCUCGCACCACCACCACCGGCCGGCGCGCGACCACCACCACCACCACCACUACUACGACCGGGACCGGGACCGGGAGCGGGACCGGGAGGGGGAGGUGGCCCCCAAGAAGAGGGGCGAGGCGGGAGAGUGGGCCAGGGACUCCUACAUCCACCAGUGACAGACCAAAACCCCGCCGCCCCUCCCCCGCCCCCGCCCCCGCCCCCGCCCACCCGGACUCCUUCUGUUCUCCCAUCGUGCUGCUACACCCCCCCCCCCCCCACCCGAACCCACAGCAUCCUAUUUAUGUACACUUCUUUGUAAAUGCUGUUGCAUCUUUUUUCAAUGGCGGGAUUUUUGAUUACAUAGAUACAAAUAUAAAUAUAUAAAUAUAUGUAUGUGUGUAUCUAUGCAUAGACGUUGUUUAUGUGUGGAUAUGCAUGGAUAUUCUCAAAAUAUAUGCAUAUUUUAAACCUGUGUUUGAUAAAGCAUGACACAAAAGCAGAAUUUUUUUCUGUACUGAGCUGUGCUUUCUGUGAUUAGCAUUAUAAUUUUUACUAUUAUUAUUAUUAUUAUGAUUAUUAUUAUUAAUAUUAUUGAUUUUUAUUGCUUGCUACCACUUGAAUUUUUUUUGUUCUUCAGACUACUGUGACGGUUGACUGCAGGGGACGACCACAAAACAUAGCUUGAUGCUGUAUUUGCAGAACAGUGUGGCGGUUUGGGAAAUCCACGCGUUGCUCUGUAUGAGGCACAAUGAGCUGGAAGCAAAUCCCCCACUUCUAAAUCUGACAAUGUUCCGGUUUAGCUGCUGUUUUAGAGCUGAGAUGGUUUCGUGUGAGGAAGUGGAGUUUUUUAAUGCUGCUCCUGAUGUUUUGUCCAAACUUGAAAUGAAAACAGCAGCUUUAAUCUAAAACUUUAAUCACUAGGAUAAAAUUAAAAACAGUUUGAUUAAAAAAUUCAAGUUUAAAAAAAAAAUUUUAGAAGUAAAAGUGAAAAACAGACACUCAAACUCUCUCAGAGUCUUAAAGUAGAAGGAUGUUACUUCUUUUCUCUAUUUCCUGAGCCAGUUUCAAACAUUCCUCUUUAAUAACACGGUGGAUAAUGAAUGUGCUGCUGCUGGACGUUCGCUCCACCGUCUGUUUGUUCUGGUUCUCGUUCAGACAUGUGGCACAAACUGACAUGGUUUCUGGCUUUUUUCUGUGUUUAGGUUGAAAUCAGGGUCGAUGGUGAGAAGACAGAUUUGGGGCAAAAAAUAUGCACAGACAUCGAAAAACGAGAAGUUAUACGGUAAAGCCCUUAGACGUUUCUUUAAAAAGUCAGAAGAUGAUGUUAAAAAUUGGCUCCACAAGUCAAAUAUAGACACCUUAGAAAUCUUAAGACUGAAGAAGCUCGAGGCGGGACGCUGCAAUUGGAUCUGACACCGAUAAAAGGAGCUUCAUCUGGAUGAAAACAUGAAUAAAUUAAGAAAUACUGGGACUAACCUGAUCUCCCUCUUCUGAUAGGAAUGCAGUGUGAGAGCGUCGCCUGCUUCAAACCGAACCCGUGUGUUUCCCAAACUGCCCGUCAACUCCUCUUUACUUUUCUACUCAUCAAUUUACUGCUUUGUUCUUUUUUUUUUUUUUUUUGUUAAAUUCUAAAUCCAUGGUUUUUAGUUUUGGACAUAUUUAUGCCUCUUUCGAGGCGCACCUUAGUCUUGCCUUACAAGACAAAACGAAACGAGUUCAACAGUAACUUCCUCUCUUACAUGCAGUACUGUUCUUUGUAUGGGUCCAGAAACAUUUUAUAACAUUGGUACACCCUUUUUUCUGCACUUUUACUGACUCACGCUGGUUUCAAGUGAAAGCAAAUUUGAUAUGACACUGCGAUUUAAUGUACAUCCGCCGAC